AUGGCGCAAUUCUUUCUUGAUUUGUUCUAUUCCUUUGGGAACUGUCUGAAUUGCUUCCCGGGGUCGCCUACAUUGAAGAUUAACAGCCGGAGCUUCAAGAUUCUCCGCCUUCUAGGCGAGGGCGGCUUCUCAUACGUCUACCUCGUCGAAGACACCAACUCCCACCAGCUCUUCGCCCUCAAAAAGAUCCGAUGCCCCUUUGGCGCCGAAUCCGUCCAACAAGCCAUGCGCGAGGUCGACGCCUACCGACUCUUCGCGCACAUUCCCACAAUCAUAUCAUCCGUCGAUCACUCCGUCGCCACGGAAAGGGGCGCCGACGAAUCCACAAAGACGGUCUACGUCCUGCUGCCGUACUACCGCCGCGGCAACCUCCAGGACAUGAUUAACGCAAAUCUCGUCAACCACGGGAGCUUUCCAGAGCGACACCUCAUGACGCUCUUCCUGGGCGUGUGCAAAGCCCUCCGCUCCAUGCAUGAAUACCAAGCACCGCCCACGGAGCGCAUGGAGAUGGGCAACGAGGAAGACGGGCCGAGCAACCACGGUCCCGGCAGCAAGAUGGGCACGAGGGGCAAACGAACCGAACAAGACGAGGAGCAAGAUCAGGAACGGCCGCUCAUGGAAUCGGAAAACCAAGUCGCAACAGGUGGGAAAACACAGUCCUACGCCCACCGCGACAUCAAGCCCGGCAACAUCAUGAUUGACGACUCGGGCUCAACCCCCAUCCUCAUGGACCUUGGAUCCGUGGCACCGUCCCCCAUCCCCGUAACAUCGCAAUCCAUCGCACUACAGAUCCAAGACACCGCCGCCGAACACUCCACCAUGCCGUACCGCGCCCCAGAGCUCUUCGACGUCCACACCGGCACCGUCAUCGACACCAAAACUGACAUAUGGUCCCUCGGCUGCACUCUCUACGCCUGCCUCGUCGGAAAAUCACCCUUCGAGAUGCGCUCCGACGAAACAGGCGGCACUCUGAGCCUGUGCGUCCUCGGUGGUGACUGGCGCUUCCCCGACGAGACGCCCGGCGGCGCAAAGCGCGUCAAUAGCAUUAGCCAGGCCAAGGCGCGUGCUGCAUCCGGUGAUCACUCUGCGAGCGCCAAUGGAGGCGAGGGCUCAAAUCCCACUAUUAGUGAACCCAUUCGAGAGAUUGUAAGGCGGUGUCUCAAGGUCGAACCCGCGGAGAGACCGGAUAUAAGUGAACUGAUUACCAUGGUGGAGGGUGUGAUUGAAGGUCUCCCUGAUGAUGGGGGCUACAACUCGCAUUGA